UGGACAGGGAGAGCUCACGCAGCUCUGACAGUGCUCUUACAAAUUCACAGUCACAUAUGCCCCAAGGGUCUUUUGGAAGACCAGACACUUUGAAUCAAAGGACUUCCUUCACCUUUCCAAAGCAAUCAGCCCUCCCACGUGACUGGAACUCUCCUUGGUGCUGAAACCUGCAGCAUUGACCUGUUGUACUGAAGCUUAAAAACUUAACUUGGAUGUAAUCAGGAGAGGAGCGGGAUAUUAUGUGAUGGCAUUUAGAUGUUCUGCCAGCGAAAGAUACCGGGAUGUGUGUUGUGCUGCUCAUGGUGCAGUGGAGAUAUGAAGGCUUGGAUUCACACAUGAAUGUCUCUUUCAUUCAGUCAGGGCUGAGUAGGAAGAUAAGGGAUGCUGAUCUCCCACAAAGAGAGUUGUUGGCCUCCGGAGAUGUUUCUGAUCGGCCUUUUGAUUGCAUUGCGGGAAUCCUUGGGAGCACCAACCCCUACAGCUGAGGAUAUAAACCUGGGAGUUGAUUGGUUGACUAAAUUUGGCUAUCUGCCCCCAUCCGAUCCUGUUUCAGGGCAGCUACAAACCCAGGAGGAACUUUCCAAAGCAAUCAAAGCGAUGCAAGAGUUUGGUGGACUGAAAUCUACAGGCAUUUUAGAUGAACCCACCUUGGAACUGAUGAAAACCCCACGCUGUUCUCUUCCGGACCUCUCACAAUCAGAAGCCACCAGGCGGAAACGAAGUGUGCAGCCCUUGACAAAGUGGGCUAAAAGAAAUCUAUCUUGGAGGAUUCGGACAUACCCUAAGGAGUCUGCACUUGGCCAUGACACUGUAAGGGCACUUAUGUACUAUGCCUUGAAAGUCUGGAGCGAUAUCACCCCUCUGAACUUCCAUGAAGUAGCUGGAAAUAAUGCAGAUAUUCAGAUUGACUUCUCAAGGGCUGACCAUAAUGAUGGGUAUCCGUUUGAUGGACCUGGUGGAACAGUAGCUCACGCAUUCUUUCCAGGUGACCUUCACACGUCUGGGGAUACUCACUUUGAUGAUGAAGAGUCAUGGACCUUCAGAUCAUCAGAUGUUCAUGGUAUGGAUCUGUUUGCUGUGGCAGUACAUGAGUUUGGUCAUGCUAUUGGCUUGACACACAUUUCUGACAUGGAAUCUAUAAUGAGACCUUAUUAUCAAGGACCUGUGGGGGACCCAUUGAAGUAUGAUCUACCCUAUGAUGACAAAGUCAGAAUUUGGCAGUUAUAUGGAGUCCGAGAGUCUGUGUCCCCCACAGCAAAACCAGAAGUAUCCAGAGCUGAAGAUCAUCCUUUUCUGCCUGAUCUGCCGGAGAACCGUUCAACCAUUCAACCUAGGAAAGAUGAGCCAGAUAGAUGCAAUACUCAUUUUGAUGCCGUGGCUCAGAUCCGAGGAGAAGCAUUUUUCUUUAAAGGCAAGUACUUCUGGAGACUGACUCGCAAUAAGCAUUUAGUCUCACUGCAGCCGGCUCAGAUACACCGAUUCUGGAGGGGCCUCCCUUUGAAUAUGGACAGUGUAGAUGCAGUCUAUGAAAGAGCAACUGACCACAAAAUAGUCUUCUUCAAAGGUGAUCGAUACUGGGUUUUCAAAGACAAUAAUGUGGAAGAAGGAUAUCCCCGGCCUAUCACAGACUUUGGCUUGCCUCUAGGAGGUGUGGAUGCUGCAUUUUCCUGGCCCCAUAAUGACAAAACAUAUUUCUUUAAAAACAACCUUUACUGGCGUUAUGAUGACCAGGAACACAGAAUGGAUGAAGGAUAUCCUGUGGAGAUGACAUUGUGGAAGGGUAUUCCAGCUAUGCUGGAUGAUGCUAUGGGAUGGUCAGAUGGAGAAAUAUAUUUCUUCAAAGGAAAAGAGUAUUGGAAAGUGGUUGACAGCAGCAUGGAGGUUGAGCAAGGUUACCCACAAUCCACUGCAAGGGACUGGCUAGUAUGCAGCGAUAUGCAGUCAGAUGGACCAGGCUCUGAAAGUAGUAGGACUGGGGCUCGCUCCAGACAUGGACAGCAAGAUGAGAGCAGAUCAGAAAAUGGCUAUGAAGUUUGUUCUUGUACAUCUUCAGCAGGACAUCUCCAGCCCAGCAUAACUGUUCACUUUUCAAUGGUCAUGACGAUAUUCCACUUAUUCACAGUAGCCUUGGUCUCAUUACUAUGAUCUGGUAACCUGAACUUUACCUUCACAAGAGACUUGAGGGUCAAUCAAAGUGAUCCUGCAAAUUGUGGCACUCACACAGGCCAAACAUUCCGAGGAGCUUGGAAGUGAAAGAUACCAAAUUCUCCAUGAGAAAUGAGCUGUUCUUUUUAAGAUAAUGUUGUGUUACCCAGUGCUCAAAUUAUUGGAAUUUAAGGGUAAACCAGGGAAUAGAUAAGAACCAAUGUAAGUGGUGUUAGACCAGUCAAAAAGGAACACAAAAUCAGUGUUGUGCUAAUCAUAUUUUGGGAGAGAAAUCACUUAAAAUGUGUUGCAAAAAAGUAUUAUUGCCUGAGCUUAUUAGAUCAACUAACUCCCAGCAGAUAUGGAUACAAAUCUAUCACAAGGUUUUUAAAGGGGGAAAAAGCAAACAGUUUUGUAUAUGUGAUAUAAUUUAUUGUACCCACUGGGGGGCAGUAACGAAUCUAAGCCUUCAGAAAUUAACCAGUAAUCUGAGCACUGCCACAAGUGAAUUCUGUCAUUCUGCUUCUUUGAAUAUCUGAUGACCAGUUGUAUAAUAAAGAGGCAAAUCUUGUUUACACAAAA